AUGCGUCUCAUCAAACCGCAGUGGUUAACGCAUCCGGGCGAACAGAAAGACUUUGAAGUAUACAGCUGCCACGUUUCCCCCGAUGGGUCGCGCCUGGCUACGGCCGCUGGAGAUGGCUAUGUGCGAGUGUGGUCUACAGAGGCUAUUUUAAAUUCAAACGACCCCACAUACACCAAGCCGAAGCAGCUCGCCGCUGUCAGCCACCAUUCAGGCACUAUCCACGCCGUACGCUUCUCUUCCAACGGUAAAUACCUGGCUUCCGGUGCAGACGACAAGAUAGUAUGCGUCUACGCACUCGACAAGAAUGCGCCAACACACGCAGCUUUCGGAUCGAACGAGCCCCCACCCGUCGAGAAUUGGCGUGUCAUCCGCCGCCUGAUUGGACAUGAUAACGAUGUGCAGGACCUUGGAUGGUCAUUCGACUCCUCCAUAUUGGUUUCGGUGGGGCUGGAUUCAAAGGUCGUUGUCUGGUCAGGCCAUUCAUUCGAAAAAUUGAAGACGCUAUCAAAUCACCAGAGUCACGUCAAAGGCAUAACCUUCGACCCGGCGAACAAGUACUUUGCUACUGCUAGCGACGACCGAACCAUCAAAGUCUACCGAUUCAACUCACCGCCGCAGAAUGCGUCCCAGCAAGACCAGGUCAACAACUUCGUCCUAGACCACACAAUCACAGUCCCCUUUCAAACCUCGCCGCUCACCACAUACUUCCGCCGUUGCUCAUGGUCGCCCGAUGGCGCACAUAUUGCUGCUGCGAAUGCUACAAAUGGACCCGUCAGCUCAGUUGCCAUUCUUUCGCGUGGAACAUGGGACGGGGAUAUCAGUUUGGUCGGUCAUGAAGGCCCUGUCGAGGUCACCUCCUUCUCUCCGAGGUUAUUUUACCGGGACCCGCCACGUCCAGACAAAGACGGAAAUAUCACCCAACAGACCGUGACCAUUGUCGCAUGUGCGGGACAAGACAAGUGCCUUAGCGUGUGGAAUACAAGCUUACCUAGGCCAUUCAUGAUUUUCCAAGAGCUGGCAGGAAAGGCCAUAUCCGACUUGUCAUGGUCACCUCACGGUGAGACCCUGUAUGCGACCAGCUUGGAUGGCAGCAUCAUGACACUCAUGUUUCAGCCGGGAGAGUUGGGAUAUCCUGCGUCGCUUGCUGAGAACGAAAAGACGCUUGCAAAAUUCGGCGCUGGUAGAAGAGUUGGCAUUAUCGAAAGCACGGACGCACUGCUCCUAGAAGAGAGCAGUAAGAACGGAGAGUUGAAGGGAGUACAAGGCAGGAUGGGUGCACUAAUGGGCGAUGGCGGUGCAGUGCAGCCCCCAACUAUUACGAACGGAACCAACGGUAUUCCCACGACGACUCUCACCAAUGGAUCGAGCGCUACCGCACAACCGCAGGCCCCUGCCGAACCACCCCCAGACCAGAGGGUAGAGAAGCUCAAGCAGCGAGUGACUGUCACGAAAGAUGGCAAGAAGCGGAUAGCACCAAUGCUCAUGUCAUCUUCGUCAGGUGUCGGCGAAUCUUCCCUACCGCAAACGCAGCUUCUCUCCGCAACGACAACGUCGGGUGGCAGGAGCGAUAACCCCCAUAACAUUCUCGACCUCUCAAAACCGUACGAUGGAUUCCCAAAGGGCGGGCUUGCGACCAUGCUUAUCGGAAAUAAGAGGAAGUUUGCUGAGAUUGAGGGUGACGAAGACAAACAAGUGGAGCGACGACUGGCUGCUUCUGUACGACCUGGAGGUGCAGCUAUAGUACUGAACAGCGAAAACGGUCUCAUCCCACCCGCUGCCGCGCCACCGAAGAAUGACCUACAAGAGAUUCCAAAGGUCCUAAGGCCAGCCAUUGUCAACCCUGCUAUGAGUCUUGCUCAGGUCCGCCUCGCAGUACCGAAAGUCCGGAGUGUUAUCGUACGAACCAUGGACGGCAGUGAACCACCACAGAAUGGCGUAGAUGCUAACACAGGGAAAGCGGAAAUACCAGACACUGUAAUUCUGGAAGCACGCAAUGCCAGUGGACCAUCACGGACAGGACGCCCACAGGAUCACGACCCAACAAGGAUGACUUGUACCAGCAAAGGACAGUCUCUCUGGCAAGACUUCCUCCCAAAGGCCGUACUCCUAGUCACAGGCAACACCAAUCUCUUCGCCGCAGCAUGCGAAGACGGCUCCGUAUACGCCUGGACACCUGCCGGCCGCCGCACUCUCAACGCCAUGGUCCUAGAAGCCCAACCCGUCAUUAUGGACUGUCGCGGAUGGUGGUUAAUGUGCAUAACCGCCGUAGGCAUGGUCUACAUCUGGAACCUAAAAACAAUGUCCGCCCCACACCCACCCAUCUCCCUCGCCCCUAUCCUCGACAUCGCAGCCUACGCCCAAGGCCCGCAUCUCACCCGCUCCCCCGGCAUCGUCUUUGCGCGCCUAAACUCGGCCGGCCGCAUCAUAGUCGCUAUGUCCAACGGCGAAGGCUACGCCUACAAUCCCGACAUGUACAUUUGGCAGCGCAUCUCUGAACCCUGGUGGGGCGUCACAUCGCAAUACUGGAAUAGCACCGAUUCUUCCGUUGGCAACAUCCGGUCCUCGCAGGAUAAGAAUGCCGCACCAAAGGAAAAAGAUGACAUGGUUUCCAUUGAAAAUAUCUCAGCGGGCAUCAUACCUGCGCUCGAACGCAACACUACGAAUCAGUCGCUCCUCCAAGGCCGCGCCUUCCACCUCCAGCGUCUCAUUAAGAUCCUGGUUUCGGCAGAGGGCUACGAGACGUUUGAGAGCUCGGCUAGUGUGGCGCAUCUGGAGAACCGCGUCGCUGCCGCUCGUACGCUGGGUGCGAGAGAAGAGUUCAAGAUUUAUCUCACCAUGUAUGUCAAGAGGCUUGGUGCAGAGGGUCUUAAAGGCAAAAUUGAAGAGUUGUUGAGGAGCCUUGCUAGCAGUCUUGUUGCUGAGGAUGAGGACGAGGGGGGCGCAGAGGGAGACGAGGUUAUUUGUGGGUGGAAGAGGGAGGAGCUGUUGAGGGAGGCCGUGCUGAUACUCGGCAAACACCGCGACCUCCAACGCAUUACUGUGCCCUACGCCCGUCUCCUGGGUAUCGUGGUCGAUGGACAACGACAGGAUGAAGCUAUGGUUACAGAUAUGUAA